AUGUUGACAUCUCUAAAUCCUGGUCAUAUACAUUGGAAAGCCAUAACAAGAGUGUUAAAUUAUGUGAGACACACUAAAAGUUAUGGAUUGCACUAUGGUAAAGAACCUGCAGUCUUGGAAGGAUACAGUGAUGCUAACUGGAUAUCGGACUCAAAGAACUCAAAAUCCACAAGUGGAUAUGUCUUUACACUAGGAGGUGCAGCAAUAUCUUGGAAAUCUUCCAAACAAACUCUACUGGCAAGAUCAACAAUGGAAUCUGAGUUCAUCGCUUUAGACAAAGCAGCAGAGGAAGCAGAGUGGCUUCGGAAUUUCUUGGAAGAUAUUCCUAUGUGGGAGAAACCAUACCGGCACUGCGUGUACACUGUGAUAGCCAGUCGGCUAUAG